AUGUCCCGAUGGCUUGUUGACGGCUGGCAAGUAAUUAUUGGCAUUGAAACUCAUGUCCAGAUCAAGUCCAGUCAAAAACUAUUCUCAAGGGCACCAACUUCACUUCUGAAUGAUGCACCUAAUACACGAUACAACGCGUUUGACGCAGCAUUACCUGGUACUUUACCGCGUCUGAAUAGGAAAUGCCUUGAUCUUGCCCUCAGAGCAGCCUUUGCUCUCCGCUGCUCUGUAAAUAAGCAAUCUUCCUUCGACAGAAAACACUACUUUUACUUUGAUCAACCCACGGGUUACCAGAUAACUCAACAUUAUUCACCAUUCGCAGUCAACGGUCAAUAUACGUCUCCAAAAAUUGGACUUCCUAUUCGAAUCAAGCAGAUACAAUUGGAGCAGGAUACUGCGAAGUCUAUUACAAAUGCUCGUACACGUACCGCGCUCAUUGACCUGAAUCGAGCAGGAGCUGGCUUGCUGGAGAUUGUCACUGAACCUGACUUCAGGACUGCAGGGCAAGCUGCAGAGUACGUACGGUCGCUGCAGGAGCUUUUGCGCGCUGUGGGAGUCAGCGACGGGAACAUGGAAGCAGGAUCCUUGCGUUGUGAUGUGAACGUGUCCAUAAAUCGACCUGGAGAACCUCCUGGGAUGCGUACCGAGGUCAAAAACAUCAACAGUAUCAAGUUCAUGGUCGCUGCAAUAGAGUACGAAAUUCAACGACAAAAGACUAUUUUAGAAACGCUGGGACCCAAACUAAAAGUACCACAGGAAACGCGUGGUUUCAAUUCAGAAACUUGGAAAACAUUCAAACUGCGUUCAAAAGAGGAUGCUCCUGACUACCGUUAUAUGCCGGAUCCUAAUCUCGGAGUUCUAGUCCUUAGUGAGGAACAUAUCGAAGCAGUACGCCGGGAGAUGCCCCCGCUUCCAGAUGACACUCGCCUGCGAUUAAUACAAACAUAUUCCUCUUCUGGUGUGACUGAAAGAAAUAUUGAUGUCCUCAUGAACCUCGACGCGGUCCGAGACAUAGCCUAUGAUGGUGUUGUUGAGGAUACUGUUAUUGGUGCGGUUGCUUAUUUCGAACUUUGCUCUCAAGGCAGAGAUCCUAAAUUCGUAAUGGACUGGAUAAUCCAGAACUUCCUUGGACAACUUUUUGCUCUUGGGAAGCCCUUCAGCACCGAAUAUAUCCCUGUCGCGCAGAUGGGUGACUUAUUGGAUCUCAUCACCACGAAGCAAAUAACGCGACCGUCUGCAAAGCUUCUUCUCAAACGCAUGCUCGUUUCUCCAUCAGAUAUACCAGUUAGGCAAUUGGCAGAAAAAAUGGACGUGCUGUCUUCUGUCGAUGAGCAUUCCAAUUCAUCCUCCAACGAUGAUUCCCUCCGCGAUGUUUGCAUACGCGCUAUAGAUGCACUGCCGUCGGAAAUUGCAGCAAUACAAGCCGGAAAUGAGAAUGUUAUGAACAAAGUCAUCGGCUGGAUCAUGCGACAAACUAAGGGGAAGGUGGAUGUAAAUCGGGCUAAGGACAUACUGAAGCAGUUGCUGUCUCGAUGA